AUGACCACCUGGGUUGCCUACGUGAAUGUUCCCCCAGAUUUCGUCGAGCGAAACCGACGAAAGAUCUUUCCGAAAUGCUCUCGACUCUUCUACGAUAAAGAGACCAGACGGCUGAUCGUGAAGCUCGCUGGACCCGCCCAUGAGAUCGUCACCACCGGGAUCUCGAAAGAGAUUACCGAUCAAAUAGUGAUGGUAAACCCAAGUUUACGGCUUGAUUUCUUACCAACGGGAGCUUCUCAGAUUCAUGGAAAUUCUUGCUCGAAAGAAGCAGAUUGGUCAGGUCAACCUAGCGAUGUAGCCCUACCACCUGGACGCUCCGAUAAGUGGCCUUCGAUAGUUUUAGAAACUGGAAUUUCUGAGAAAUUGAACCGACUCAGAAACGAUGCACGUUGGUGGUUAAGUAACUCAGAAGGCCAAGUAAAGGUGGUUAUUAUCGUCGCAGUCAAUACCAACGCGCCAAUAAUCAAAUUCGAGGCCAUGUAUAUAAGCAACACGAUUACGCUACGAAACGGUCGGAGGCGCUUCAUCAUAUCAACUAGACAAGUGAUGGACAUCACUCGGGCAGCAAAUCUUCAAGUCAUCACUACUGGAGGCCCCUUCUUGAUUCGUUUUGAGGAACUCUUUUGCCGAGCCCCCGUCUUUCCUGAAGUGGAUAUUUACCUGGAUCCUCUCGUCAUCAAUAUUUUAGCAGAAACCAUUUGGAGAAGACUAAAUAUUUAG